CUGCUUUCCCUCUUUCCCAGACUAAGUCCUUCCUCCCUCCAGCACCCGGCGCUCUGCGCCAGAGCCGGGCGCUGGGCUGUGCCUCCACUCCACUCGCAGAGCUCUGGAGACCGACGGGCACUGUUGAGAAAGACGCGCUCCCACGUCCCACCUCCUGGAUGCAGAGUCAGUGGGGAAAGCGAGGCUUUCCUUACAGAAACAAGGGAGAGAGCCGAGGGGACAGCUGUUGUGGAGGUUUCUAAGGAGACUGAGACUGGCAUCUUUCCCUGCUCCUGGGAGACAGCAGGAAACCUCAGGUACCUCAGUGACCCCAGUCUCUGUAUGUUUAUAUGAAAGAGAAAGAGGCAGUAAGAAAGAGACAGAGAAAGAAAGAGAGAGAGAAAAACAGGAAGAAAUAGAGAUCCAGAGACCGUGGUUGACAGACAAGUGGAGACAGACAACGCAAGAGAGAACUGCUGCUCCCUAGCCAGCAAGUAGCCCCCAAUCUGGAUGGAGUGAAAGAUGCGGCCUGAUGAUAUAAACCCGAGGACUGGGCUGGUGGUGGCCCUGGUCAGUGUCUUUCUGGUCUUUGGCUUCAUGUUCACCGUCUCUGGGAUGAAAGGAGAGACUCUUGGAAACAUCCCCCUCCUGGCCAUCGGGCCAGCCAUCUGCCUACCAGGCAUUGCAGCCAUUGCCCUGGCCAGGAAAACUGAGGGAUGCACCAAGUGGCCUGAAAAUGAGCUGCUAUGGGUUCGCAAGUUGCCCUGCUUCCGGAAACCCAAGGAUAAGGAGGUGGUGGAACUGCUGCGGACCCCUUCAGACCUGGAAUCGGGCAAGGGAAGCUCAGAUGAGCUGGCUAAGAAGGCCGGCCUCAGGGGGAAACCCCCGUGCCAGGGGCAGACAGAGGUGCCUGUGGCCAAUUCCAUCACCACCCCCACACCCACGGAAGGAGAACGCCAGAGCCUGGUCCAGAAUGGGCAUCAGGAGGAGACAUCCAGAUACCUGGAUGGCUACUGUCCCUCAGGCAGUUCCCUUGUCUACAGUGCCUUGGAUGCCAAGUGCUCAGCCUGGGACAGAUCUGACUGCCCGGAGCCUGAGGACAGCAUCUUCUUUGUGCCCCAGGACAGUAUCAUCGUUUGCUCCUACAAGCAGAACAGUCCCUAUGACAGAUACUGUUGUUACAUCAAUCAGAGCCAAGGCAGGUGGGACCACGAGACAAUAGUCUAAGCUUUGCAUACAAGAGUCGCUGUGUUGAUAGAAAUGUGACUACACUCAGCUUCCUGGGGAAGGAAACUGCCCUGCUCAACAGCCUUCAAACUGUUAGAAAUUGACUUGGUAUGUGAUGGGUGUGCAAGCCUCGGGUGCCUGAAGGCAUGUAAAUAGGCAUGUUGGGGACACAUUUUAGAGAAGGGUGAUGAGGGUUAAGGACACUGAAGAGGCAGUGAGUAGGAGAGAAAGCAGUUCCAAUUGCUUUUUAACAAUUAAACCAUGUUGGAUGUUUUGUAAAAUAACCCAGAAAGUGCUACUCAGCACCUGCUAAAAGCAAGAUAAAUCUAGAGUAGGCUGCAGAUAUCAGGCAUGAAAUGAUACAUGGGCUUGCCAUAGGGAAACUGAGCAGCUUUCAGUCGGAAUAAAUCAAAAGACAAAACAAUUUAGUGCUUCGUUGUAUGAAAUGAUUUUUUCUGGUGAAAGCUUUUCACACUUAUUAUUUGCUGAAAGAAAAAAGUCAAGACAGAAAAGCUACUCCCUCCUUAGGUGGGAUGGUUUUUGGAGAAAGGGGAGUUGAAUUAUGUAAUUGAGUUUUAUGAUAUUAUCCUCUGACAAGAUCAGAGAUUUCAAAUAAAGUAAAAUAAGUGUGUGACCAGCUAGGUAAAAAACUAAAAAUUUUAGAUGGCUAUGUUACUUCUUAAACUCUUCAUUUAAAUUGAUCUACUGGGUCUUUAUCUUAAGUGGUUUUUUUUUAAUAUUUGCUAUCAUUCAUGUAUAAUUUCCUCAUCGGGUGCAAAAUGACUUGAUGUAAUAUUUUCAUUAAUUAGAAUUUGUGUUCAUCAAGUCCAAAUGGGUUUUACAUAUGUAUACAAGUGUCUUUAACAUUUCUGGGAGUCCUGGUAAUAACUAUUCCUAUAUGACUUUUGAAAUCUGAAAGCUAUGAAAUCAACACAAUAGUCUUGAACUUUAUGCAGAAUUUACACAAAAUGCAAUGGUUAAACUUCUGGAAGUGUCAUUAUUUGUACAUUUAUUCAACAUUCCCAGAGACUAUAAAUGCCAAUGAAACAAGAGUUAAUCUAGUAGAUUUAACUAAAGCUCAGUUUUUAUUAAGUUCACCUAAUCAGUGAGCAUUGCAUGACAAAGGUCUGUUUUAUUUCAUACUUAAUUUUUUGCUGCUGAGGGAAAAAGGCACAAAGGGAUCCUAAAAUGUAUUUUCUGUUUCAGUUGCUUAACUAUAAUAGACAAGAGGGCAAUCAGCCAGGAUACCAUUUAGUCCCUAUUGAAGAGAAAUAUUGAAUUAUAUAGAGAAAUCAUGGUAUAUUUCAUCUUGAAGAUCAGAAUGUUUUGUCUCCUUCAAAGAAUGAUGAUUUAUUGUUAAUGUUCAGAGAGUUUCAGCCACUUUUUCCCUAAGGGGGAAUUGAGGACACAAAUUCUGGCCAUACCCCUUUUGUAUAUUUCAGAUCCAAGUCUGCAAGCCUUUAAGUGUAGCAUUCAGUCUUAAGAAUCAUGCCCUUAAAAAGCAAAAUUUCCAAACCAAGUUCAACAUCAAAAGAGUAUGAUUUUUUUUUUAGUAGGGCUUAAAUGUCAGAAAAUGAGAUGUGUGAUCCUGAGCAAAUUUUAUCUUCUUGUACCUCAGUUCUCACUCUUCAGAAAUCAGGGAGGAGUGGGACUGACUUACACUAGAGUAUGUCUAUCGUUCAUUCCUGGUUUGAAUAUUCUAUGGCAUCAUGUCAAAGACACUUUAUAUAAUGCCAGGGGAUGAGAUAUAACAAAAUGCAUGCCAAAGUUAUGCAAUUCAUGAUAAAAAUUAUAUGACAUGGAUUAACUUCUUACUACUGCUCAAAAUAAUUUUGUAGGUGUAUGAAAGCUGAU